ACCAACGUCAGAUGUAUCCAACACCGAGCUUGAGAUGGUUUAUUCAACUUUUGUCACUUAUACUCUUCCAAUGGCAAGAUACAAUUAAUUGUACUCCAAUUGUUGGAGGCCGGAUUGUUCAGCUGUCGGAAUUUUCUAGGUAUUCCUAUAUAGUUUCUUUGCAAGACCGAAAACAGUUUGACAAUGGAACUGUGCAGUUUAAACAUUUUUGUGGAGGGAGCUUGUUGAGUUCUUCGUGGAUCCUAACUGCCGGACAUUGUACUCAUUACAAGAAAGCAAGUCGAAUUGUUGCAGCUAUUGGGCAUUUAAACUUGAAGGCAAAUGACGUGGAACGUCACGAGAUUGAUUCUUUCAAAUAUAUGGACUUUGUUCCAUCAAAUUUGAAAAAUGACAUUGCAUUGGUGCGAUUGAAGAAAACACUUUUGCUUAAUCCAAGCAUUUCACCUGGAGUUCUUCCAAGAUUAGGAAUGAGAGCAAGUCGAAGAAAUUCUUGCAAAGUAAUCGGAUAUGGAGCUGAUAAAUAUGCGGGGUCAAUUCAAGAUGAUUUGAAGGUUGGCGAUGUUUAUCCAAUUUCUUGGCAACGUUGCCGAAGGAUUUUGGGGAAAAUUAUGGCACCUCAACAAGGUGAUUUUACUGUUUGUGGACUAGGAGAUUCGGAAGACAGUUGUCAGGUAUGUUUGACUAAACUUGUAAACAAAAACAAAACUGAUUUGUUGAGAUAUUAA